AUGUCAGACACACACAGCGCCAACGAGCGCGACCUUGCCUUCUCCUCUUCCUCCACCGCAGACUCUUCCACACUCCCCACUGGCUCCAAUGAAGACGAGCGACACCACGGCUCACAUCCAGAGCCACAGAUCCGAAUCCAAGACGCAGAUGCUGGCGACGACGCCGACGAUACCCUUAACGGCUCCAACGACGCUCCAGUUCGGCCUGCUCACUCCACCUCCUCGAUCUCGACCACCGCCCCCAGAGAUGCCGACGUUGCGUCUGGAACCAAUUCUGCACGUCGUGCUGGACGUGUCCACUGGGAUGGCACCUCCAAUGCCGCCAGUCUGCGUCGAGGUGGUCAGCUCCAGAUCCGUUCCGGAGGCGCUCUGGCUGGACCAACAGUGACAGUUCGAGGAGGUGCCGCCCCUGCCCGUUCCGCAAACAAACCUAGCCAGCUCAGCCUUGGUUCCGUGCGCAGGAAUCACCAUCCAGGCCCACUCAACAUUGCAGCACGUCUCACCCCCCAAAACGAAGCUCCCACCUCCAGCACUCCUCCUCACGCAGACGACGCAGCUGCAGGCCCCUCGAACGCGACACAAGCUCAGAUCCCUUCGCUCACCUUGACAGGCGCCAAGGGUCUCGAUGAGCAGGGUCUUGACAACCGCGCCUUCCUCGAGCUCCAGCGUGAACUCCAACGGCACGAGGCUCGCAGCGAUGACGGCGCUAGCCAUCUUAGCUGGCAAGAGGCAGAGGCCGCCCAAGAUCGUGCCGGCAGAGAUCGUCUCGAACAAGCCUUCAUGGAUCGCGAACGUGACCGUGAACAGAGGAGGCGACAGCGUGCAAGGGGUCAGGGCGCUCCAGAAACGCCCUCUGGCCUUGGCGACGUGAGUGGCGUCACCACGCCUGGGUCCGCCACCUCCGAGAGCAGCUACGAUCCUGCCAACGACUCGGACCUCGACUACCUCGACCUUGUCCCCGGGGAGACCGAUGGCAUGCCUACGCGCAUCAAGAAGAAGAAGCGUGGCGAAGAACAGGCCGAACAGCAGCCAAGGGGUUGGGCUAAGCUCCGUGGCAUCUUUGGCAAGCCACCGCCAGACGAGGAAGACCAGGAAGAGAAGGGCGAGGUUCCUCAGACGACCGAGAAUCAGGCUAGCAGAUCGCACGAAGAGGGCGGCCCUACCAACUGGAAGUCGGUGCCCGUUGAGACCUCGAGUGGUCUGCACACGGGCGACGGUCCUCGACGCAAACCCAACAAGUUUGAACGGGAAGCCGUGCGUCUCGUUCGCCAGCACAAGCUCUCGCAACAGCGACAGGACGCGCUUGACCGCAUCGGUCGUUCGCAUCUUCCUGACACUGGCGCAUCCACCCCAGAUGCGAUGGAAACCACCAUGAACCUCGACGCUCGCCCGGUUGUCUCUGGCGGUGUGCUUGGCAACCUGCUGCGUCUCUACGAACAGCAGCAGCGCGAGCUCUCAGCCAAGAGCGCCGCUACCAGCUCCGUCGGCAGCGCAAGCGAAUACAACAUGGAGACGGACACGGACGGCAGACCGCUCAUGCCCCAAACGCCCGAUCACGUCAAGGCAAAGAUGGACUCGCCUGGCUUUCAGAGAAAGCUGGACAGGUACGAGAAGCGUCGCGGCAUGUCGCUUCAUUCUAUCAGCGUACCCAGUCCCAAGCUCACCCAAACGUUUGCCAAAGUAGGCAACGUCGCCUUCCACACAUCGACCAAGGUGGUUCGCGGCGUCGCCAACGAGACCGGUAUCGAGAGCGCGCUCGAUGAGCGACCCAAGGCCUCAAGAAGCGAUGCAGGCGUGUUCGGAGCGCUUGUCGCCACCACGGGCAAUCUCAUUGGCGCUGUCUCGCCGCAGCAUGCUCAGCUUGGUCCCAACCCCAAGCGUCCCGGCUUCUCUCUCGAUCGCUACCUCUUGCCCGAGAUGAACGCCAAGACGCUCAAGCGCACGGCCCAGAUUGUCGCUGACGCUGCGCCCGCGCCGUACCGUCCCAGCAACGUGGCGUCUCCGCUCGCUUCGCGUUCCCACUCGCUGCCCACCAGUCCCGACGGCGAACGUCGCGACAGCUCGACGCAGGCCAACUCGCCCCCCGCAUCUGGCUACGUGACACCCCACAAGAAGCGUGCUAGCUCCAUCAUGCACUUCCCUUCGCGCACCAUGACGGGCGGCAGUUCCAUCGACGGCCACGGCCCUCGCAAGAGGCACCAUCUUCUUCCUGGCGCCAUGUCGCGCGCGUUCACGCAUUCCAACCUCAACACCCCCGACGUCAGCACCGGCAUGGGCCCAGAUUACUUUGGCCCUGAAGCUGAAAAGAUGCACUCCGACUAUCACAAGCAGGAAUGGCAGCGCAAGCUCAAGAAGCGCGCCAAGGCCAAGAAGCGCAAAGAGGAAAUCUUCAUCACCAUGCACGUCGCCGCGAUCCUGCAGCGUCAGCAGUUCAUCAUGAAGCUGGCGCGUGCCCUGAUGAUGUUUGGUGCGCCUACGCAUCGCAUCGAGACGCAGAUCCAGCAGACUGGCCGUGUGCUCGAGAUCAACUGCCGUUGCAUCUACCUGCCCAACCUGAUGCUCAUCGCCUUUGGCGACGAUACCACGCACACGUCCGAAACCAAGUUCAUCAAGCAGACGUCCGGGCUCGACCUGACGAAGCUCACGGACAUGCACACCAUCUACUGGAACGUCAUCCACGACAAGAUCGGGGUUGAGGAGGCAUCUGCGCAGCUCGACGAGCUCAUGAGGCGCAAGCCGCUGAUCGGACGCUGGCCCAUGGUGGUCAUCGGCGGAUUUGCCUCGGCGUUCAUCUGUGUCGGUCCGCAGGGUUUCAACGGCAGCUUCAUCGAUGCGGUGAUGGCCUUCCCGCUUGGUGCGUUCCUUGUCUACUGCCAGUCAAUCAUCACCACCGAGCUGUACAGCAACGUGUUUGAGAUUGUCUUUGCCACGCUCAACUCGUUCAUCGCCGCGGCGGUGCAGAGUACGGGCUACUUUUGCUACGCUGCGGUGGUCUCGGGAUCCAUCGUGCUCAUCUUGCCCGGUUUCAUUGUUCUGAGCGGCUCGCUCGAGCUGCAGUCGAAGAACUUGAUAGCGGGAUCGGUGCGAUUGGUGUAUGCCAUCAUCUAUUCGCUCUUUCUCGGCUUUGGCAUUUCGAUCGGCGUAUCGUUUUGGCAGCUCUUCUCGGGAAACACGAGUACUCAAGGGUUUAAAGACUGCGGCAACCACAACGACAGGUGGUGGCAGUCGAAUGUAGGCGAGGUGUGGUCGGUACUCACGGCGCCGGCGUACUCGACCUGCUUGUCACUGCGUAACCAGGCCAAGGUGACCCGCAAGGAGUUCCCUGUUAUGGUGCUCAUCGCGUGCGGCGGCUGGGCGUGCAAUCACUUUGCCGCCAAGGCGACGGCGCUCUCAAAGCGCCAGGACGUGACGGCGGCACUCGGCUCGCUGGCGGUGGGUCUCAUGGCCAACUUCUACGGACGCCUAUUUGACGGUCGUAGCUUUGUCGUGUCCGUUCCUGGCAUCUUGUACCAAUUGCCCUCGGGUCUGUCCAACGGCGGCGGACUGUUGAACUUUGCCAACAAUACGGACUCGACCUCGGCGUUCGCGUCGGGCUUCACCGUGGCGCAGUCGCUGGUCGAGGUGGCGUUGGGACUGACGGUGGGUCUCUUUGCUGCUACUGUUCUGUCUUACUUGCUGGGCGGCAGGAAAGUGAGGAACGGCGGUGGACUGUUCAGCUUCUGA